AUGGGACAAGCUGCUGGGCCGCACGUCCCUAGCGCAGCACCACCCCGCCUUCCCUCGAUGCGGAACGAGGUGGGGGUCUCCAACCCCGCCCGCCCGUCCCGGUGCAGCGGCACAAGACGCCAGCUCGGGCUUUACCUCCGACAGCUCCCGGCGGAACGACGCGCGUGUCCGCCAGCGCCCCCAGCGGCGGCGGGGGGGGAGGAGGUGUCGCGCCCUCCCUCCGCCGCGCCCCUUCUCCUCCCGCCGGAGCGGAGCUCCUGCUCCCCGCUGCCGUACCGACUGCCUCCCAACCCCGGCCGGCCGGGCUCCCGCGCUCCUUCCGUGCCUGGUGUGACGCAGUUCCUGCCCGCCCGGUCAAGUAUGGAUCCUGAAGCUGAGAUAAAGAAGCAAGUAAACCCCUUCUAUGGCAAUAUCUGCAUAAUCUGGAGUGCUUCUGCAUUGAACUUGCAGACUCAUUUUCUUGGUUUCAAACACAAGAUGACUGAAGAAGCACUGAAAGCUCAUGGCAUUGGUUUCUGCUGUACACCGUUCCUAGAAUUUGGUUUGAAAGGUGGCUGUGGGGAGCAAGUGAAAACACCUGCAAAACUCCCUGAUUAUGUGGAAACUGAGCCAGAGAGGUUUCAUGGACAGAACUUGGAAGAACAGCUUAACAUGUGUAAAAGUUCAGAACCUUUACCCAGUCUCAAUUAUAUAAUUGAAUGUCCAUCAGAAGAGAAUUUCCCUUUUCUGUCAGCUGUCAGCUGUGCCACUGUAAAACAGGAUUGAGUACUAUGUUUAUACAUGUUUGUGGUUCCAAGCAUAGACUGGCAUACCUGGCUGUAUCCAGAGUAUUGUGUACAGUUUUGUGCUUCUGCAGACAAGAAAGCUAUUGAUUAAAUUGAGCAAGUCCAGCAGAGAGCUGCUACGAUG